AUGGCCUUCUUCCUUCCCCGAACUGUCUACCACACUCAGGCUCCCCUGAACCCACUCUACUAUCUCCUCAGGGAGCUUGACCAGUCCGUUCAAGAGCCCCAGCAACCUCAGCGAAGACGCCAAUGCCAGCCUCAACAGAAGAGCAGGGCUCAAGCUGAAUGCCCCGCCUAUCGGGUUACCACCCGCCCAUGGGAGCCCCGCUUCGAGGCCCACGAGACUGAGGACUCGUUUGUUCUCUACGGCGAACUCCCCGGCCUGAACAAGGAAAACGUCACUGUCGAAUUCCCUGAACCUCGCAAACUUGUUGUUAGCGGCAAGGUCGAGCGAUUCACAGACGCCCCCAAGCCAGCUGAAACAACCACUGAGCAGGCGGCUCCCGCUCCGGCUGUUGAGUCAGACAACGAAGACACACAGAGCAGAAGCUCAUACCAAGCUACCGUCGAGGACGAUGUCGAUGACGAGUUUGAGGUCUUGAGCCACACAUCCCAAAAGUCAGAGACUGUCAGUCAACCACAGCCUGAGACUCCCAGCCAAAAGGCCGCGGAGAAACAGCCUGAAGAGCCAAGACGCGCUGGCUACACCAAGGAGUUCUCGCGCUACUUCACUUUCCCUACCUACAUCAACCACGAGGCAGUCACUGCCGAACUCAAGGAUGGUCUCUUGACUAUCAUUGUUCCCAAGGCUGUUCCCCAGUCUCAUCGUAUUGUUAUUGAAUAG